AUGGAUUCACCACAGAAACUUAUGGAGAAUUAUCCUCCAGGUACACCAUUACAUCAAGUUUCUCCUGAACGCAUCAAUCAACAAAAACAAUGGGAUCUACCUCAAUCUCCGACGGGCGAAAAGAAAGCCAGCAAACAUUCAAGAGAUAGUUCAGUCAACGAUAAGAUUGCACAGUUUAAUUCAUUGGCUUAUCAAAGCAAGCAACUGGAAAGAAAAACAAAUGAUGCUGCGUUGAAACGCGCAAUGGUUGGGAGGGAGGAAGCAGAGAGUGAGAUGCGCCGAUAUAGAGAUGAAGCUAGAAUAUUGAGAAGACAGAUGGAGGAAGGAAAGGAACGAGAAAGAAAGGUCGGAGAGAGACUUGAGAGUGUUAUGGAAAAUUAUGGUCGAGCCAAGGAAACACAUUCACAUACACAAGCAUUAUGGGAGAAAGAAAUUCGACGAGCUCGAAAAGAAGGCUUUAAGUCACAGUCCGUCGUGGUCAAAGUGCAAGAAGAACUCAAAGCUUCAAGAGAUACAUUAAGGAUGGUUCAAGGUGGCUUGGAGCAGGAAAAGGAUCGCAGUUCGAAGAGAGAACAAGAAGCAUUUUCGGCAAAAUAUCAACUUGUGCGAGUACAGGACGAAUUAGUGGAAGUACAGGAAGAAUUGGUGCGGUUACAAGAGAGGAUUCAGGUGGUGGAACAGGAAAGGGAUCUCUUCAAGACGAUUGCCAAGAAUGAAGAAUUCGCCAGAAUUGCCGCAGAAGGACGAAUACAAUCACCACAAUCUACCAAGGAUGAUAAAAUCUCAUCACCAAAGAAGGUCAGAAGAUCAAUAGAUACUUUUGCACCUCUUUCAUCUCCGGCUGUUCAGGAAGAACUCGAUGAUCUUAGACUAAAGCUGGAAUGGGAGAUUCAAAGAGCAAACAGAGGCCUUGAUCAAGUCGAGUUCUUGGAGAUGGAAUCUAGCUUACAUGUGUGCGAUCCAAAGUCCAACAAAAGAAAGUCAACCGAUACACAAGAACUUUAUGAUGAUUCAACAAGACAAGCCAAAGCUCCAAGAACAAGCACUGUUUUUGUUCCAUCCGAAGGCAUAUUCAAAUCAGUACCUGAAGAGUCCUCAAAUUCGAUGGAGGAUGCGUCCUCGAAAUCCGACACUCAUUUCGAAAAGCUAUCGGAAUAUUCUGCCCACCCCCAAAGAGCAGUAACACCAUCUUACGAUCCACCCGCCGUCGCUCUGAUGUCCGGUCCCAAUACCUCCCUCCUUUCAAUCUUCGAUGAAGUCGACAGUCCAAAAACUACCCGGUCUCUUCGAAGCCCCAUCAAUCUACCCGAAGCCAAAGUCGACGAUGAGACGAAUCCUGAAGACUUAAACGGCUCCUCCUCAAUCACAAUCCACCACCCCCACUCCCAUCAACAUCACCACGAACCAACCUUCCAUACUGUCUCGACUACAACCCGUGUUCCCCUUGCCGACCCCUCGGAAGACCAAGCACAUGCCACAACCCCAAAAACACCAACUGCCUCCACUCCUCCAAACAACAACAAUACCCCAGCUCUAGGCCGAACAGUGUCAAGAGAAGAAGCUCUAGCAAUGAUCCAAGAAAGAAGAGGUAGAGCAAGAAGUUUAGCAAAUGGAACAAUGACGCCUAGAAAACAAAUGGUAGAGGGUGGAAAUCGAAGAGAUAUCAGUGCGCCAGCUGGAGGUCUUACGCCUGGGAGGGGAAGAAGUAAUGUUAAAUCUCGAUAG